AUAUCUUCCUCUAAUACCUCUUAGUGCUUCUUCCACUAUUCUUUCCUCAAAAGCUCCUUGUUAUAAGAACUAUAAUGGCAUACUCAAAGGUGAUCAUUGCUCUAAUGUUGGCUUUUGUCGCGGGAUCUGCUUUGGCACAAGCACCGGGUGCAUCUCCGGCAGCUUCUCCUAAGAGUUCUCCGUCACCAGUAGCAACUCCUCCUACUACCACAUCAACACCACCUGUCUCUGCUCCUGCAAAUGCUCCCACAACUGCAUCUUCUCCAUCCGAUUCUCCAAUGGCAUCUUCUCCAGCUUCACCAACUGUUGACACUCCGACAUCUUCUCCUUCCGGCAGUUCUCCUACCGAAUCUCCAAACUUUGCUUCCUUCAACAGAGUCGCUGUCGCCGGACCUGCUGUUGCAGCUGUCUUUGCUGCUGCUUUGAUGCUUUAAAUUUCUGAUAUGUGAAUAUUUGCAUUUUUCCAUUUGCCGGAGUUGAUGAGUUAGGGUUUAUUUUUCACUGUUUCUUUGUUACUAAUUCUUUUGGCGGUAGUUGUGACCGCUGUUGUACUAAUAUAUUCUUAUUGUUGAAUACUAUUACGAGAUUCUUUAUUUA